AUGUCAAAAAAUGCAAGUGCUUUGAAUGAAAUUGAACAUAAUACUGAUUUUAAAUCUAAAUCUCCAACUAUAAUCCCUGCAUUAUCUAAAAUUCCAUCUAUUUGUGCUUCAAAUAAGGAGAACCUUUAUACAUCAGGCAUCAAUUAUUAUGAUGAUGCACAAUAUAUAAGUCUUAAUGAGCCAUUAAAUUCAUUCACAGAAAAUAAAGAUGAUAUUAAUCUAGACAUUCUACCAUCUUUAUAUGAAAUAUUUCAAAAAAAUUAUUCCUUUGCAAGGAAUAUUCAUUCUUUUCUGUUGAUAAAGCAGAUCGUGAGACAACAUUUGACAGUUAUUGGGAAAUUAUUAAUAAGUAAGAAAAUUGAAAUAUUGUCUAAAGUAGAAAAGCAUACAUUAUUGUUAUUCAAUGAAACUAAUUUAUUCAAAGUUAGCAGUAUGAAAGAAAUAUUAUUACAAGAUUUCACAUUCAAUAACAAUUAUUAUCUUUCCACAUUGAAAAUAAUUAUUUUACAAUUCUUUCUUAAAACAAGACAAACACAAAAAUAUCAAGAAGAAAUUCUAACAUUAUUUGCAUUUGAUAAAAGAUAUCUUUUAAGAUGCUCUCAAUUAAAACAAAAUGCAGCAAUUAAAAUACUUUUGAAUCUGUUUACUAUAUUACCAAAUGCAAAAAUUUUAUUUGGGAUGAAAUUUUUGGAAUAUAUUGAUAAAUUUAAUUUAAAAUUUGAAGAUUAUAUCAAAAAUAUGAACUCAGAAACCUUUAGAAAACAACUACCAAUUUAUGCUCGAAGAACAAAUGACUUAUCUUGCAUAAAAAAAUAUUUCAACUCAUUUUAUAUUAAUUUUGAUAUCACGAGUACGAAUUCUGAUUUACAAGAUUGUGUUUUCCAAAGAAAAGAAACAGAAAUAGGUUUAACUGAAGAUCAUUUGACCAAGUUUUUAAAUAGAGAUCAAAAUUUUAUACUACAGGCACUAAGUUCUCAAAAAACACAUGACUCAAUCUAUAACAUUUAUAAAAACUUUCUUUCAAAUAAAAAAAUAUCAUUGUCUGAAAAAGUGCAUCAUUUAGAAAUCUGUUGGAAAGCUAUACUUCAAAGUAACUAUCUUUGUGAUCAGAAAAAAUCAACACUGAUUGAUCAAACAUUGAUAUUUUUGAAUUCUAACCUAAAGUAUUCCAAACACAUAACAGAUCAUAUUCUUAGUGUACUUUCGUAUUUAAAAGAUAUAUGCAUUCUUUCCUUAGAUGUUAAAAGAUUAACGAAUAUAAUAAACCUCAGUUAUAACAGUUUUGUGUUUUCUAAAAAUGCACAGUUUAUUAUUAAUGCUGUUGAUUAUGAAAUCAUUAAAUAUUUGACUUUUCCUGAAAUUGAAAACAUAGAUGAUACAUUCCUAAAAUUAAUAAAAUUUUUAUGUCUUAUUCCAGAUCCCAAUACGCAAACAGAAAAGUUUAAAAGAGUUUACAGUUUUUAUUUUCUAAGUAAUAUUGAAUCACUAACACAACUUAUUAAAAUUUGUCAAUCUAUUUGUAUGCGUUUGAGAAAAUUGAAAACCACAAACAUUUUAGUCUCACUUCAAUAUGCUUCUGAAAUUCAGCUUUCUAUCUUUUGUAGUAGCCAAAAUAUCACUAGAGAAAAUAUUUUGCAAAGCUGGUCAUCUAUUAAUAUUCUUUUUUUCAGUAGUCUAUUAGGGAAUUCAAAAAUUAUUCACGAUUACACAUCAAACUUUGCAUGUAUGAAAUAUCAUUUUUUAUACAAAUAUCAGGUAUUACUACAAUUGAUAUAUUAUUUAAAUCUUGAAAUGGAUAAACAUCAGACAGUUAAUUUGUAUAACAUUACAAAAAAUUAUAUUCAGAAAUGGUCAAAUCAAGGCAUAAAACAUGAUAAGACAAUAUCAUCUUUAGAAAAUAUUUUUAUUAAAACUUUGCUACAAUAUCUUUACAUUUGUGGAUUUUAUGGACCUAUUUUGGAGCUAUAUGAAUUAAUACAAGCUCACAAAGACUACUAUCAUUUAUUGAUAAGUUAUUCAGAAAUGUGGAUGGUUCGGUCUCUAGUGUCUUUACAGUAUACAUCCAAAUUAGACAAAAUUUGUGAUGCUUAUUAUCCACUUGAUGAAAAUUUGCUAAAGUUAUUAUCUUUUAAUGAACGGCUUACUUAUUUGGAGACAUAUAUUGAGCUCUAUACUUGGAAAAAUGAUUUUAACUCAUUUAAAGAACUUUUUUGCAUUAUUAUUCCACAGGAAUAUCAAGAAUUAUACGAUAUUCAUAAUCAGGGAAAAAUGGCAGUAUCACAUUAUAUCAAAAUAUUGUUGUUUAAUAUUCAUUUACAUGCUGCAACUUCCAAAUUUUAUUUUAACAAGAACCGUUUUAUAGAAUCAGUAAUAGAGGCUAAAAAAGCUUUAAGACUUUCUGUAUCUUUAAUCAAAAAAGUAGAUAAACUCUCGCAAAUUUUUAGACUGUCCAUUCUUCGUUGCAUCAUAUUUUCUUUUCAGAACCUAAUUAAUAUAUUUUGCUCACUUGGUCUUGCUAAAGAAGCUAGUUAUUAUACAAAUGAAUUAUCCAGAGUACUACCUACACUCCAUGAACCUACUUUGAUAUUCCAGGGUUUCGAUUGCUUGUAUCAAUUCUACACUAUUACUGAACAGGAAACUUUAAGAAUAUCUACAUUAAAAAAAAUUAAUAAUGUAUUUCAACACAUACAAAGUAAUUAUGAUAUCCACACAUUAUGUCAAUAUCUUUAUUUAAACAAUGAAUAUUCUCGAAUAAUUGAAUCAUUGAAGUCAUACUUUAUGAACAUUCCUAGUGCACAAGAAGAUUAUGGAUUUUUAGAAAAUUAUUGGAGGCUGAAAAUUGGUGAGUUUAUUGAUGAUUCCAUAUGUAGACCUCAGCACACAGUUACGAAUUUUUUGAAUAAAAUUCAGACAAAAUAUAAUAAUUUAUUAAAAAAUAUAGAAGCUGAUCCAUUUCUUCGAACACUAUUUGAAUCCACACUUGCAUUACCCUCAUCGAAAACUGCAAUUAGUAAAUCAAAAUAUCAGCCUUUAUUAAAAAAUGAAUAUAUUAUAGGUCAUGUAACUUCUGAUAAAGAAUCACCCAAAUCAUCUAAUAUGAUCCCCAAAUCCAAAAAUAUAAGACAAGGUUUCGAUAGAUUUAUUGUUACAAGAAGAUUAAAGGACAUUAUCGAUAAUAUAAAAGAUGUUAGCAUCGACAAGGUUUCUAAUAUUGAAUUAAGAAAACUUUCUUCACUGUAUUCGAUAGUAUUGUCCAUAUAUUUUAAUAUUGUUAGUGAUCAGGAAUUGUUACAAAACGAUUUAAGAUACUGGUUUUAUUUGACUGAGUUAUCAAGAAAUAUACCAUUAUUUUAUGAUAAACAAUUAUGUUCUUUGGAUAAAAAUAUUUACGAUGAAGUGGGUUUGUGUCCACUAACUGAAAAUUUAAAAAUAGCUCAAUAUACAAAAUGGAAUACCCGUUACAAUUUUGAAGAUUCAUCCUUAAAUUUUAAUGCGAUAUUUUUCGAUAUUUGUAAAAUUACAGAUAGUAUAAUUCUUUCAAAAUAUUCUUCAGCAUCAAAUAAAUGGACAAUGUUAAGAAUACCGUUAAAGGGUAGCAAUUCUAGAGAUUUAGAUUCAGAAUAUUUCUCUUUUCAGGGUGGAUUUAAAGAAAUGCAGGAUAUAAUUGAGCAGAAUAAUAUGACUACAUCAAGUAAAGUUACAAGUUCAAUAAAAACCGUAGAACAGCGGAGGAAGUGGUGGAAUAAAAGAUACGAAUUAGACAAAAGACUUGAUAUUUUGUUACAAAAGAUUACAAAUAAUUGGUUUGGAGGCUUUAAAGGAUUUUGUAACCCAGAUGUUAUUGAUAAAAAAUUAUUUAUAGAAUUUGUGGAACAGUUUAAUCAAAUCUUGCAUGAAUUCUUACCAAGUAGAAAACAUACUAGUAAUAACACCGGUUAUGUGCAGAUUGAAGAGUGGAUUUUAGAAUUAUUUUUAAAGUUAAACCCUAAUGAUUCUUUGUACAUUUCUCAAUUAGAAGAUCUCUUAUAUUUUGUCUUUGAUAUAUUACUAUAUCAGGGAGAAGAAAAUGCCUAUGAUGAGAUUGAUAUAGGACAAAUGCAUAUCCAAAUAACGGAUGCUAUAAGAAGAUAUAGAGGCAACUUGAAAUUUCAAGCCUGCAUCAAUCAAAGAUCUAAAAACGAGAAAAGUCAUAUAUUUCUAUUGAUUAGUAGUACCUGCCAUUCAUUUCCUUGGGAAAGUUUACCCAUUUUCAAAAAUAUGUCUAUUACCAGAAUACCAUCAUUGAAUAUGUUAGAUCAGUUACUGAUUAGAAAUAAGAUGGAAUUAACAUUAAGACUUUCUUUGACAAAAAAUAUAGGGAUGAUAUUAAAUCCAAACAAUGAUUUACUUAGGACAGAAACAACUUUCAAGGAUUUGUUUACAAGAAUAUUUGAAUCAACAGUAAAUUCAAGAUUAUUAAUAAAUCAGAAACCAACCGAACUUGAUCUAUUAGAUAUUAUUACAAAGUCAGUUAUUUUUAUCUAUGUCGGACAUGGAAGUGGAGAACAAUAUUUAAAACUAAAACAAAUUAAAAGUUGUGAUUCAAUUGCUGCUACUUUUUUAUUAGGAUGUUCUUCUGCAUCUAUGAAAUAUUACGGCAAAUUGGAAUCUACAGGGCCCAUUUAUUCUUACUUGAUUGCUGGAAGUCCGUUAAUUCUAGGAAAUUUAUGGGAUGUAACAGAUAAAGAUAUUGACAAAUUCAGUUUAAGUUUAUUUGAGAAAACUGGUAUCGAUAAGAAUUUGCAAGGAGAAGUGUCUGGGUAUCAGAAUGUCCCCUACGCGGUUGCUAAUUCAAGAGAAGUUUGCAAUCUCAAAUAUUUAAAUGGUGCUGCGCCAGUUGUAUAUGGUUUACCAGUACAAUUCUGUUAA